CUGUGUUUUUUUUUUUGUAGAGAGUUUGGGUGGAGAGAUCCGGAGCUGCCAGAGGUGAUCCAGAUGCUACAGCACCAGUUUCCUUCUGUGCAGUCCAACGCUGCAGCCUACCUUCAGCAUCUCUGCUUCGGAGAUAACAAGAUCAAAGCUGAGAUCCGCCGACAGGGAGGCAUCCAGCUUCUGGUUGAUCUACUGGACCACAGGAUGAGUGAGGUUCAUCGCAGCGCCUGUGGGGCUUUGAGGAAUCUGGUAUAUGGCAAAGCCAACGACGAGAAUAAAGUGACCCUGAAGAACUGUGGUGGCAUUCCUGCCUUAGUUCGUCUGCUGAGGAAGACUGGAGACGUGGAGAUCAAGGAACUGGUCACAGGUGUGCUUUGGAACCUUUCAUCGUGCGAUGCGCUAAAGAUGCCAAUCAUCCAGGACGCUCUGGCUGUUCUGACUAACAGUGUCAUCAUACCCCACUCCAACUGGGACUCUUCCCCGAAUCACCAUGAUGACCGCAAGCUCCACCUUCAUACCUCCCAGACUGUGGAGAACUGUGUUUGCAUCCUGCGGAACCUGUCGUACCGUUUGGCUGCUGAGACAUCCCAUGGCCAGCAAGGGGGCCUGGAGGAGCUCGAUGGCCUGCUUUGCGAUGCUAACGGCCAUGAGGCCGAGAGCUCUGGAUGCUGGGGCAAGAAGAAGAAGAAAAAGAAGGGAGCAGAACAAUGGGAUGGAGUGGGCCCUUUUCCAGAUACGGCAGAGCCCCCCAAAGGAGUCCAGAUGCUGUGGCACCCCACCAUCGUGAAGCCCUACCUCACCCUGCUUUCUGAAUGCUCAAAUCCUGACACGUUAGAAGGUGCAGCUGGGGCUCUCCAAAACCUCGCUGCAGGCAGCUGGAAGUGGUCAGUGUACAUUCGGGUUGCUGUCCGUAAGGAGAAAGGCCUUCCUAUCCUGGUGGAGUUGCUGAGAAUAGACAACGACAAAGUGGUGUGUGCCGUCGCCACAGCUCUCAGAAACAUGGCCCUGGACAUAAGGAACAAGGAGCUUAUCGGUAAAUAUGCCAUGAGAGAUUUGAUCCACCGUCUACCAGGCAGUAGUAGCAGCAGCAAUAACAAUACCACCAGCACUGGGACCUCCGGGACCACGGGCCCUCCCAGCAAGGCCAUGUCAGACGAUACAGUCACUGCCAUCUGCUGUGCGCUACAUGAAGUAAUCACCAAGAAUAUGGAGAAUGCUAAAGCUCUGCGCGAUGCCGGUGGCAUCGAGAAGCUCAUCGGGAUCACUCGCAGCAAAGGAGACAAACACUCCGCAAAGGUAGUCAAGGCAGCGUCUCAAGUCCUCAGCAGCAUGUGGCAGUACAGAGAUCUGCGCUCCCUCUACAAAAAGCCCCAGCAGGACAGCUCGUCAGCAGCCGUGCUAAAAGACUACGACCCCUACCCUCCCCCUCCUUCCUUCCCCCAGCCGCAGCCGCCGCAGCCUCCCCCGCACAGCCAGAGCCGGAGUUUCGAUGAGAUCUACUACGAGGACCAGGGACCACCGCCUCAGCCUCCCCAGCCCCAGCUCCCGCCUCAGGCCCAACCCCAGCAGCCUCCCAACUCCACCGGACCGCCACGGGAUCCGCGGGAGGAUCUGCGAAUGCACCUGGGCCUGAAAUCCACCGGCAACUACGUAGACUUCUACUCGGCCUCCCGGCCGUACAGUGAACUGAACUAUGAGACCAGCCACUACCCAGCCUCGCCCGAUUCCUGGGUCUAG